AUGAAUUCUUAUCAAUUUGAUAAAAAUUUAAGAUGUGGAGUAGAUAACUGUGUUUCUACGCAAUAUUAUGUAGAUGCAGGACUAACAUAUUGCAUUAAUGGACAUCUUAUUGAAGGAAUUGUUGAAAUAGAUAACACAAAUGAUUUAACCAGAAGUCAACAAUCAAGAAGAAGGAAAAUCACAUCAUCUGGACAACAUAAAAAGAAGUCUAGAGUUCUUUACGGAAAUGAAGGAAAAAUUAUAUUUUUGCGUAGUUUUCAACAAAUUUUAAGAACUCAAAGCUGGUAUCUAAUUCACACACAUGGAAUAACAAACGAACUUGAGCAUGCCGUUCGAAAUAUAUGGAAACAUUACUUAAUAUUAUUAUUAUCUAACAAACUGUUCUACAAAAAUGCAAAAAAUAUAAAUAAAUAUCAAAACAAGUCAAUCAUAGGAAAUCCAAAUAACAUUAUACCUUAUAAAACAAAAAAACUCCCUAAACUAAUAGAUACUAUUGGAAUAUGCUAUCUUGGACUAUUAAAUAUUAGAUCAAGUAUUACUAUAUCAGAUCUUUGCAAUUUAAUGAAAUCAGGAAAAAUCCCAUAUAUGAAAGCAUUAUUUAUAAUACCAACACAAGUUCGUAAAUCUAUGGAACCACAGUAUCAGAUUGCUUUAUCUCCAACGAUAUUUCCAUCAUAUGAAAAAGUAUUAAACGUGACAUAUUCAAUCGUUUCUGCGUUUUAUGAUUCAUAUAAAAUAAUUUUCCCACCUUUAAAUGUAUAUCCUAUAUUGGUAUCAUAUAUUCAAAAUUUAUGCCUUCCAUUAGAACUUAUAUUACCAACACUAAAACUUGCAUAUCAAUUAAAUAUUACAUUUACCAAUAAACCAUUAAAAGAACCCAACUCGAAUGUCAUGCCAGAAGUUAUUUUAUUAGCUAUACUACUAAUUUCUACAAGAAUUUAUUUCGAAAUAGACCAUUAUGACAUGGAAAAUUUAAAAAAUUAUAAUCAUAACAAUCUUAUGGAUUGGGAUAUAUGGAUGACUACAAUGAAAUUAUUAAAUUAUAAUAAACUAACACAUUUUAAUGGCACCAAAACUAAUAUCAAAAAAAUAACUCAAAUACCUACAAAAGAAUUAGAUAAAUAUCUAGAUUAUUUAAAUAUACAAUUAUUUAAUAAAUCCGAUAUAACAGUCCCUCAAGGAAUUUUAAAUAUAUUUCCUUUAGACGUCCCAAAAGAAAUAAAUAAUUCUUUUAAUUCAGCACUUGAUUUUUAUGCAUCAUUGAAACUAUUAUACACAACGUAUUCCUGCAUAUUAGAAUCCACCCUUAAAAAUAAAAAACAUAUUUAUAAAGUCUUUUCUCCUACCGAAAAUUUACCAGACAUUACUAAAACAUUAAUUUCAAAAGGAGCAGAAAUGAUUGGAAUUAGUGAAUCCAAACUACGAAAAAUUAUCUUAAAUCUAGAAAAACAAUGCAUUAAUUUAAAUGAUAUUCUUAAGUAA